AGGAUGCACGAGAGGGGUGCUGCAAUGACUAGUCUCCUCCUUUGGUUGAGCUUCCUGGUCCUUUCCCUUCUGGAACACAAGUCCUUUGCUGAAGAUGAGACUGUGGUAGUCACCAGCAGUGGCUCUGUCCGGGGAAAGCAUCUCCCAGCUGGCUCAAGAAACGUCACAGCCUAUCUGGGCAUCCCCUAUGCAGAACCCCCUGUGGGGAAAUUGCGUUUCCAGAAGCCUGUUCCCCAUACGCCAUGGAGCCACAUCCUGGAAGCCACCAACUUUGGCAAUUCAUGCCCCCAAGUAGUUAUUUCGGGGACUCCUGAUGCCGCCAUAUUCAAUGCCAACACUCCCCAUUCGGAGGACUGUCUCUUCCUCAAUGUCUGGGUGCCCCAUCCCCGGCCCUCCACACCAGCUGCUGUCCUUGUCUGGAUCUAUGGUGGUGGGUUUUUUUUCGGCACAGCUUCCCUGGUCAUAUAUGACGGGGCAUUCUUAGCUGCGACCGAGAAUGUCGUUGUGGUCUCCAUGAAUUACCGUCUGGGAGCUCUAGGCUUCCUUUCAUUACCCCCAGCUGCCCCAGGAAACGUGGGCCUGUUGGACCAGCAGUUGGCCCUAAGAUGGGUGAGAGGGAAUGCAGCUGCUUUCGGAGGAGACCCUACUCGGAUAACCAUUUUUGGCGAAAGUGCUGGAGGAGUGUCUGUCAACUAUCACCUCCUCUCACCGGGGAGUCAGUCUCUAUUUGACCGUGCUGUGGUGCAGAGUGGAACGGCCAUUGCACCCUGGGCUUGGGUGAGUCCUGAGGAGGCAAAGAGGAAUGCCUUGGGCCUGGCCAAGCUGAUGGGCUGUACAGAAGGUGAGGAAAGGGCCAUAGUGAGUUGCUUGCAGGAAAAGAAAGUGGAAGAAUAUCCAAUACAAACAUUGUUGCUUCAGGAUCGCAAGAGCACUGUGAACUUUCCCACUGUACCAACAACAGAUGGAGAUUUCCUUCCUGAUGACCCACAGAAACUUGUGGAGUCCAGGCGCUUUCAGUCUAAGCCUAUCAUGAUUGGUACCACCUCUGACGAGGGGUCCAUGUUUGUCUUCUAUGCUGCUCCUUUCUUACAUGCACGCAAUGAAUGCCUUUUGACCUGGGAGCAGCUCUUGGAGGGGUUGAAGAUGAAUGUACGCAAUGCCACAGAAGAGUUCAUCCAAUCCAUUGCUCUGAGGUACAGCGAAGCGGAACCCGAGGGCCCAGCACGCUAUCGUUCUGCCUUGUCCCAGGCCUGGGGCGAUUACCUCUUUGUAUGUCCAGCUAACAAAAUUGCCUCAGAGAUGGCAAAGACUGGAAGCCCUGUCUAUGCUUACACUUUCACCCAUCGCAGCAAUGGCUCCAUCUGGCCUGAAUGGAUGGGGUCCAACCAUGGAUCUGAGGUCCCAUACCUUUUUGGAACUCUGACCUUAUUACCGGGAACCAAUGUAACUCACACAGAGGCGGAGUUAGAGCUAAUCCCUCGAGUGAUGCGAUACUGGGCGGAGUUUGCGAGAAGCGGCAAUCCCACCCCAUCAGAUGUCAAUGAGACAAAAUGGCCGCUCUACAACCCUGCAGAGCAGAACUUCUUUCACAUCAGCACAGAGCCACCUCAAGUUAUGAAGCCCUCACCCGCCCAGCACUGCAGUUUAUGGAAGGCACUCUUAUCAAGAAUUCUGUGUGAGUCUUUGAUGGACAGUUGUCAGCCAAACCCAUGCCUCAAUGGUGGAAGCUGCCAGGCAGUGCCCGACACUCCUCUGGAAUUCACCUGUCACUGUCCCCAGGGCUAUGACGGAACCACCUGUGACCUGCACGCUCCUCCGUGUGGGAUCCUCUAUUGCCAUAAUGGAGGGGUCUGCAUUUCCCACCCAUCUGGGCCCCAGUGCCUCUGCUCAGGAGGGUUCUCUGGACCAGACUGCCGCCUGUCUCCGUGCUCUUCUUCCUGCCCCGCUCCCAACACUACCGUUGACUGCCAGCAGGUGGCAGGAGAUGGACGCUGCGACCGAGCCUGCAGCUCCCCGGAGACCCGCUGGGAUGGAGGGGACUGUUCCCUGGGGGUGCUGGACCCCUGGGAAAACUGCCCCAGGCGGGACCUGUGCUGGAUGGCUUUCCGGGACGGACAGUGCCACCGCCACUGCGAUAACGAGGAUUGCCUGUUCGACGGCUACGAUUGCAGCCAGCAGAUGCAGUGCAACCCUCUAUACGAACGAUAUUGCCGGGACCACUUCUCUGACGGACACUGCGAUGGAGGCUGCGACACGGCCCUCUGCGGCUGGGAUGGGGGAGACUGCUGGUCCGCCUCCACGGAGGGUCCAGUUUUGGGCCUGGUUGUCCUGCUACCCCAAGAGGGACUGCGCCAGUUCCUGCGUUCCCUGGCUGUCGCUUUGCGUGGGGCGCUACAGCUUCAACGGGACCUUCAGGGCAGAGAGAGAAUUUACCCCUACACGGGAAAAGAAGAGCUUGGAAGCAGCAGUAAUUGGAUGGGGACUGAGGAGAAAGCUGCUGUGGAGACCAUUGG